GCCAUAGUACUGCGCCUCGGACGCAUGCGCACAACGCUCAUCCGCGACUUCCGACGUCGCAGACGCAUCCCCACAACGCAACACGCAAAUAUUUUUAUUAUCUUCAUAUUUAAAUAUUAAUCAUCACACAAUAUAUAUUUACUAAAAUGGAUUCUAAUUAAAACGCGAUGUCACGUGGCACGCGGUUUGUUCGAGUGACAAAAUUUUUACUUGCUGGCGUAACAAUAUUUUGUGUAAGUUGGAUAGCCAGUGUCAACGAGUGGCAUUCAGGACUGAGAUGGAGUGGGCAGCGAGUGCAAGAGAACCAGCCAACUAUGAGAACCAUAGUUGGUUACUCGGAAGCCAAGCAGGCUGAGCUGGACAGACCCUCCCCGGUGGCCUGCUACCGGCUGCCAGCUUUUCCGACAAUUCCUUUUAUUAACCGUACCUGGUCACCUACCACCCAGAGCACUUCGUGGCAACAUGUGAGCGGGACAUCGGUGUCACUGUACGCCGCGUACUACGACGAUAGGACUUCGCAACGCUACAUACGCAUUCUUGCUAAUUUUCACGGUCGCAACAUAUCAUCCGAGGGGCCGUUGUACUGUCAAACACGCUCAACCGAUCCGGACAAAUAUGCAGUAGAAGUUGUUGCAGCAAAACCGCAAGAAAUAUGGUGGCAUGAAUGGGACAAUACUCAAUCUGAGGUUGUUACACCUCUGCUAUUAUCGUGUCCUUUGACAGAGGUUAUAAGUGACACAUCUGUGGUAUCCGUUGUCACACAACCAUGUGAAGACCCUUCGAACGGAUUAAUACUUACACCCUCCAAGACUAGAUAUAAAUAUGAAAGAGCUUUCACGAUAUGCGUAAAAGAUAUGUCAUUCCAAAAAGAUAUAUCCCAAAAUUUGGUAGAAUGGAUUGAGACAAAUAAGUUGCUCGGAGUGCACAUGAUUGAUAUGUAUAUUGAUAGUUUAAGUAAGGAAAGCGAAGAAGUGUUGCUUCGUUAUCGCGCGCAAGGCAUCGUCCGUUUAUUUCAUGUUCCUAUUAAAUAUAGUUCGGAAAGAUCUCUAUGGCAGAGGAGAAGAGACCAUAUUUUAACUUACAAUGAUUGUUUGUACAGAAAUCUUAGAGAAUCUAAAUUUAUUAUCCCACUAGACGUGGACGAAAUUCUAUUACCAAAAAAAGCUGAUACUUGGACUGAACUGUUGAAAAGAUUAACUCAUCAAGGUUGGAGUCCAAACCGAUACUCCGCAAUAUUAGUUCGAAACGUUUUCUUCUUUGAUUUUCUGCAAGGAGUCAGUAAUUAUAAAGCUAAUAAGCAUACGAACACAAGUAAGAUUUAUAUAAAACGAGAUGACGUACGAAUAAACGAUAACGAAAAUGUAGUAUUAGAGCAAGUUGAAUUAAUAGGUGAUACUAAUUUAAAAUAUGAAUUAGAUAAAGAAAUUCCGAACGAUGCAAUACAAAAUAAAUAUAAAUCAGAAUGUGGCAAAGAAAUGCCAAUACCUAAAGUAGCAAGUCAUAUAGUUAGCUCAGCAGUUAUUAGCCCUGUAGGACAUUACAGCAAAAGCUUUAUGCUUACAAAGAGAGUGCUGACAGCAUUUAAUCAUUAUCCUUUGGCAAGUCUCGGAGCGGCGGGCAUCGCUGGUUGGUCGGCGCCCUUUAACGAAGUGCAACUCAACCAUUACAAGGAGUCAUGCAACUCUACAGUGGUAGCGGAGUGCGAAAUAUAUUCGAAAACAGCGCGGAUCGAUCAUUCUGCAGCUCGAUUGAGAAGGCGCAUAACAAGAGCGGUUGCAAUGGCUUUCUGUUCCAAAUUAAAUACUAUCUAAAUUUUGUAUCUUUA